AGUGUUGAAAAAGAAAUAUAAAAAAGUUGUAAAGUUUUUUGGCUCCAAAUUUAUGGAAGUUGUGUGUGCCAGUUAAUAGCUCAGCGGAUUUUCAUAUCUGGGAUGUUCAGUUUAAUCAACGGCAGAUAUUAUUCACACGAAAGGUGUGACCGAUUGGAUCCGUCGUAAUGGAGAGCCCUGUAUCUUAAUGAAGAAACGCCGGAGACUAAUCUUCCAAAUUCGUCAGUGAGUUGCAGUGCAAACAAAACAACAUGGUGACAUGAUAUCAUGACCUGAAACAGAUUAAUCGGGAUUCUCGGGGAAUGGAACUAUAAAUUAAACACUUCAUUCAGGAACUGUAAACCCCUCGAAUAAAAAUGUAGGGCAACUAAAAUUUAGGGUAUUCUAAAUUCGGUUUUUAUCCGCUAAGUCAGUGCUUUAAGAGAGCCUCUUCGAAGAAGCUUCUAUUGACAAGCAGAAAUUCUACUUUUUCAUCGAGAUGAUUCGCUAACGAAAUGGAGUCGACGGAAGACAAUAACCACCUGGCACUCUACUCCCGCCCUGGUUCACCAUCCCAGCAACAGCAGCAGCAGCAGCAUCAGCACCAACAUGAUGAGCAGCAGCAGAACGAACCGAGCAGCGUGGACGAGUACGUCGAGCGGCUGGGUUCUCGUCUGGGGGUCUUGGAGAACGAGCUGACUUACGCUUGGCGGGCCUUGAACAUGUUGUCGCAGGAGUACGUGAAAAUGUGGGAACGGCUCGAAAAACUAGAGAUGCUCUUAUUCGAGCAGCAGAGCAUAAUCUCGCAGCUGAUCGAGUUCUACAGCGCGAAUCUUGGAUUGACGCAGCUGUGCGAUCCGAUGGUAGAUUCUUUAGAGAGCAUGCGCGGUAUAGAUUAUCAACAAGAGGUUCCUCCUGAAGGCGUUCUGUCUCCUCGGUCAUUCAUCGCGCAGCUGAAAUCUCAACUCGGUGUGACUGAUGCUUCGUUCGAUGAUGCCUCUUAUCGAGGGAGCGUUAAUUUCCCGUAUUUGGCCAACCAGGCUGUAUCGCAGUUGGGCAUGAUUUGGGAGGAGUCGGAGGAGGACAGUAACGGGAAGAACGGGACGAAGAAGGACUUUUCUAGCGAUCCAACCAGGAGCGAGGCGAAAGAAUCCUUAUACAGCUGUGCAGAGUACAAAGACUAUCGGUUCGGAUUAGCUAUUAGUCAAGAAACCGACUUGAAUGGUUUAGAUCAAGAGGCUGUCAACAAACUCCACGAAUUAGAUCGGCUUAGUAGCAAGUUACAAAAAGACUCGAGCGAGUUGAAACUAUUGCAGAAUCAGCUGCUCAACCAACAAAGCCUAGCGUCCAGCAAAGCCGAUUUUUCGGUCUCCGAGCAAGUGGAAAUGAACGACGUGGAUGAGCAGCUCCGGCGGAUGUAUGCAGAGAUCGAGCUGGAGAGGUGGAAUCUGAGUUCUUCUCCCAAAUCGGUCGACGAGCUUUUGAUAAUAUCGGGCCUUUCCAAUAGUGGGAGUCGGAACCGUUCCGGGUCGAAUUUAAGGCUUUCCAGCGGAGAAAUAGCUACCGACUACGAGAAAAAGACGCCGACAGGUUUUUUCUCGACGCCUAACUCGCCAAGAAUGCAGACUCGCUUCAACUCGUCCACGGGUAAUAUUUCCCUCCUGGGAAAACACGAUAGCACCACUUCACCUCUGCGGAAAACGUCGUCGAAUCGCUCACUUCCCUUAUCACCGAAGCGUUCCGAUAGUUAUCCACUGAGUUCUUCCUAUCCAAUCGAUUACUCUAUCCAAACAAGUUUAUCGUCCACUGCCCCCACUCCGUUCAACACAGCUUCUCUAUUGAAUAAAAACAUAUUUUCUGCAUCGAAUGAAAGGAUAUCAUCGCCUUCGCCGUCGACGAUGAGCUUGAGAACGAGACAAGACGGUUACAUCGGCGCUUCCCGCCAAUCAAUGUCAGAUUUAGAGUCCCUGCUGAAUUCCGCCCCUAGUAGUCCGCCUCCUCCUGCUCCGCAAGAUCCGAACCCGUUUCUUAAACCCUCCUCAGAUGUAAGCCCACUUCAUAUGUAUAACUCAGGAACUAAUAGCUCUAACACCUUUAGUGUGGAUCCAAGCCACGGCAAACUCAGCCCGAGGACGCCACGAUCGCCCAAAUCACCUAGAACAUCACCAAAACAUAUAGCCAAAUCUAAUUCAACGAAUAUAAUCCAAGCAAAAUCCGAUUCGGGUCUAUCGUCCAUGAGUUCACAAUGGUCCAGCCUGGAGAAAUCACCCGGAUCGCCUAAAAGUGCGUCGAGGUCGAAAACGCCAACAUCUUAUGUAGCAGAUAAUCUGAGCCAUAUAGGACGGGCAUCUCAAAUUUCCUCGGUUUCGUCGCAAUACAUUCCAGUUUUAGGUUCUAGCGAUAACGAACAGCGAUAUUACAAUUGCCUUAGCUCACAAGAUGCCAGCAUUUAUCAAAGUAGUCAACAACAAAAUGGGAUGUACAGUAAUUUUGUCCCCUCGCCUGCCCCUAGAUCAGACUACAUCAAGAGCCCUAGACUCUCCAGACGGCAUACAGACAGCGGGGCAGCGCCUAGUUCUUACCCAGAUGUGUACGAGAGGUUGAUGGGACAACAGCCUGCAAUCUACUCGAUGGCCUGCAGUGAUAGAGAUCAGAACUACACCUCAGUUUACACCAGUGGAGUGUCAAAUAUUCUUCCACAAACCACACUCUCGAAUGUACCGGAUCUGAUAGGACCUCAUACAACCAAUAGACCAUACUUAGAACAUCGAAGUAAAUCACAAUCGAGUCCGGCUCGCCCGAACAGGCGACUUGCCAGGGGAUAUUCGACGGGUGCUGUGCCAACGGGAGAUCUCUCCGAUAUGGAAGAAUACAAGAAUGCCAUGUAUCGAACAAUGUUCCCCACUGGUAAUAUCACCGAUGCUCUGACAUACUAUCCAACUAGCAGUGCCAUUCCAGAUAGCAAUUUAGUGGAUGGUAAUAGGUAUGACAAAGAAUUAAACUAUAGUCUAUCUCAAGCGCACCUUUCGAGUAGAGGGAGAGAUUUGCACUCUAGAAGCAUUGAUAGCCUAGGCUACAAUAACCUAAGCUCUUAUCAAGGGCAGCCCCAGUACACCGAUUCCUCGAUCUCAGACUUAUCAUCGUACAGUCAAAAAACUACAAUCGAUUAUAAUUCAUCUCUUCUGAACAAGAGUUACGCAGUCAACCAGCAAGCCAAUUCCACUGGUUAUGAUCCAAGCUCUGUAAUUGUCUCAAAAUCUGGAUAUAUUUCCAUUGCGGCGGACAUUAAAGAACCAGUAAAAGAGAAAACUAAAAAGCUCAGAAAGGGCAGCAGUUUGAAAGAGGCCAUGAGCCAUGUAGGUAGUCAAGUGAGCUUAUGGCUGCCAGAUAUACAUUUGAAACGCCACAGAUCCUAUUCAUUACCCACUGAUGUUCAUCCUGACGACAUGCCAGCUCAAAAGGAGUCCAAACGGGGAUCGAAACUAUCAAGACUGAAGUCUCUGUCCUCUAUAGGUUCGUUGCCUAAGAAGACGCGGAAACAUCCUAUCGUCAUGACCGUCUCUAAUAUUCUUCAUAAAGCAAAAAAGAGAACGCACGGCGGACACUCUUUUUCAGACCCUGAGCAGUCAGAGCCGGAAUUAAGUGGACGGCUGAGUCGUGCAAGCGAAGAGAGCGAAGACAGUGUUUUCUCCGACACUCCAAAUGACAAUUCAGUAUUUAGCAAAAUCAGUCAUCAGAAAAAAAUUAUGAAAGCACCAUCGGCACCCGAACCCCAAUACGACACAGAGAGCCACGAUGAGAGAGAAAACAUUUUCGAGCCGAGAGAAAAGAAGAGCGCCGAUUUAUUCUCAGAUAAUGGCGCAGAUGCAGCCUCACUUUUCGUCACCAUCGGCGAAGUGAAAAAGAGUUCUGUCUCACACGAGUCAGACUUGAACAAAGAUGAUUCCGUCCAGUUCCCUCCCGUUACCUUCAGUUCUGCCUCGCAAGAAUGGGCUGUAUCACGAGCUCUAGGAAAGUAUCGCCAAAGGCACUCGUCUUCUCAUUCUGACGAGAACGGUGCCACAAUCAAAUCGGAUGAUUCUAACCCUCCUUUAAACGCUCAAAGUAGUCAGGAGGAAAGCUCGACAAUAAUCGAAAUAUCCGAAGAACCCGCAGAACCAGAGGUGCCUGAAGAACCACAGCCCAGUGAAAUCAAUAUCGAACAACCCACACCAGUCCCAAGUGAAGUGAGCGAGCCAACUACUGAGGCCAGUCCUGGGGUCCCGCCGCCAUACCGAAAUCAGAGCCAUGAUAGGCGACAUCAUCCACCUCGGCAUCAGCAAAGUUUGGAAAUCCCGUGGGCAACGCGUGGCUCUGGAGACACUGACGACGACAAUAGAAGCACUCAUUCUUGGAGAAGCACAUCCAGAGUCUCCUCGAGGCGACAAAGCACCGAAGACAGCAUAGACAGCGAAGACGAGUGGUACUGCUAUGAGCUGAAGAAACUCGAAGAGAUGGAGCGUAAAGCCAACAUAGAACACGAGCUCCCUAAGCUUGAAUUCGAACCUAGUUUCGACACCGAGAACGAGUCUUUUCCUAUCAUCGCAGAGCUGCCGGAAGAUAGCCCUGUUACAGCCGACGGACGGACAGAAAAUGAGCAGCAGCAAGACAGCCCGUUUUUGAAAAUAACGCCCAAAUCCUCAAAAUCCCAAAGACCCGAGGACCUUUUCGACGAAACGAGAGAGCCGGAACCUGGAGGCGAUUCGUCCGGUGACACCGGAGGACCUGAUAGUGCUCAUCAGUCUGCCGACGAGAUGGAGGACUUCGAGGACUAUGAACGCACCGGCUCCAGGAGGAGCUCGAAUGAUGUGCCUACGAAAAUACAAAACGGGAGGUGCAUUCAAAGUUCCGGUUCAGUUAGUAGGGAGGGAUCCGUAAGCGUGCCUCCCAGUGAGGUCUCCUUGAAUCUACCCGAUGGCGUUGGUUGGGAAAGUGAAACGUCCACGCUGAGAGAUGGCUCAGCCAGUGUUCCCCCCAGUGAUGACAUGAGUGUCGUUGAUGUAGGUCCAGGUACCCCCUCUUUGCCCAGAUUCAAAUUCCCCGAUAAUGACGGUUACAUAAGCCCGAUUAAAGAGGACCCAGGUGGUAAAGGGGAUGAUGGCCCCUUGGGUAGUAAAUGGAAACUUGUUAGAACUCUAAACAAGAAAAAGGCCGAGGAAAAAAAUAAAGAUACAGCCCCGACCACUGCAACUCCUACGAAUGGAAGCGGGACAGGAGAAAUCGGUGGACGCACCAAUGGACACCCGGGAGACAAUCCGUUCUACAGCAACAUCGACAGCAUGCCAGACAUCCGGGUUAUCCGUCGGAAAUCCAUUCCUCUUGUGUCAGAACUUGUGCUCAAGACUAUGCUCGCCACCAAACGCAAUGCCGGACUUACUUCUGCUGUGCCGCGUGCGACACUUAAUGACGAGGAAUUGCUUCCAUUGAAAAUGCACGUGUACAAGAAGACGCUGCAGGCGUUGAUCUACCCGAUCUCCUCGACGACGCCGCACAACUUCGUGCUCUGGACGGCCACCUCUCCGACCUACUGCUACGAGUGCGAGGGGCUCCUCUGGGGCAUCGCCCGCCAAGGUGUCCGUUGCACCGAGUGCGGGGUCAAAUGUCACGAGAAGUGCAAGGAUCUCCUCAACGCCGACUGCCUACAACGGGCCGCGGAGAAGAGCUCGAAGCACGGCGCAGAGGAUAAGGCCAACAGCAUAAUCACCGCCAUGAAAGAAAGAAUGAAGCAGAGGGAAAGAGAUAAGCCGGAAAUCUUCGAGCUUAUAAGAACUAUGUUCUCGGUCGACCCUGACACUCACAUCGAUACCCUAGAAACAGCUGAAGGUAUCGUUCUAGAGGGAACUUCUAACUGGUCGUGCAAAAUCGCUAUCACAGUAAUCUGCGCACAAGGUCUAAUUGCAAAGGAUAAAAGCGGUACAUCGGAUCCAUAUGUGACAGUUCAAGUUGGGAAGGUGAAGAAACGAACGCGCACAAUGCCACAAGAACUGAACCCCGUGUGGCAGGAAAAGUUUUAUUUCGAAUGUCACAACUCGUCGGAUCGGAUUAAAGUGAGAGUUUGGGAUGAGGAUAACGAUCUCAAGUCGAAACUCCGACAAAAACUCACCCGCGAGUCGGAUGAUUUUUUGGGUCAAACUAUCAUUGAGGUGAGGACCCUUUCUGGUGAGAUGGACGUUUGGUAUAACCUGGAAAAACGUACCGAUAAGUCAGCUGUAUCGGGAGCUAUACGUCUUCAUAUUAGUGUAGAAAUCAAGGGUGAAGAAAAAGUAGCACCAUAUCAUGUACAAUACACGUGCCUUCAUGAAAAUCUAUUUCAUUCGCUUUGUGAGGAGAACCAAGGCAUGGUUCGACUGCCACAAACGAAGGGAGACGAUGCCUGGAAGAUCUACUUCGAUGAUCCAGCCCAGGAAAUCGUGGAUGAGUUCGCCAUGCGUUACGGCAUCGAAUCAAUAUAUCAAGCUAUGACACAUUUCCACUGCCUGUCAACCAAGUACCUGUGUUCCGGUGUGCCGGCUGUAAUGAGCACACUAUUAGCCAAUAUCAACGCUUACUAUGCGCACACUACAGCUUCGUCGGCUGUUUCAGCUAGUGAUCGCUUCGCUGCCUCUAAUUUUGGGAAAGAGAAGUUUGUAAAACUACUAGAUCAGCUGCACAACUCCUUACGAAUAGACUUAUCAAUGUAUCGUAACAACUUCCCAGCAUCGAGGGAAGAGAAACUCAUGGACCUGAAAUCAACCGUAGAUCUCCUAACAAGUAUAACGUUCUUCCGGAUGAAGGUUCAAGAAUUCUCCAGUCCGCCUCGUGCCAGUGCCGUUGUGAAAGACUGCGUUAAAGCGUGUUUACGCUCAACGUAUCAAUUUCUCUUUGAAAAUUGUUACGACCUGUAUAAUAGAGAAUUCCAGGCUGACCCGAACGAAACGAAGCGGGACUCGGAGGACCACGGGCCGCGGCUGGACUCGCUAGACUUCUGGCACAAGCUGAUCACGCUGAUCAUCUCGGUGAUCGAGGAGGACCGCAACAGCUACGGCCCGGUGCUCAACCAGUUCCCGCAGGAGCUCAAUAUCGGGCAGCUCUCGGCGGCGACCAUGUGGAGCCUCUUCGCGGUCGACAUGAAGUACGCCCUCGAGGAGCACGAGCAGCACCGCCUCUGCAAGUCCUCCGGGUACAUGAACCUCCACUUCAAGGUCAAGUGGCUCUACACCAACUACGUCAAGGACGUCCCGCCCUACAAGGGCUCCGUCCCCGAGUAUCCGGCCUGGUUCGAGCCCUUCGUCAUGCAGUGGCUCAACGAGAACGACGACGUGUCCCUCGAGUACCUCAACGGCGCUUUCAAUCGGGAUAAGAAGGAUGGGUUCCAACGGAGCUCGGAACAUGCGCUAUUCUCGAAUUCGGUGGUGGACGUGUUCACGCAGCUGACGCAGUGCUUCGACGUCGUCUCGAAACUGGAGUGUCCCGACCCGGAGAUCUGGAAGAGGUACAUGAAGCGAUUCGCCAAGACCAUCGUCAAAGUCCUCAUCGCCUACGCGGACAUCGUCAAGAAGGAGUUCCCGACACAUCUCAAGGACGAACGAGUGGCGUGUAUUUUGAUGAACAACAUCCAACAAUUGCGGGUGCAACUGGAGAAGAUGUUCGAAUCUAUGGGCGGAGAGAAAUUGGAGGAGGAUGCAGCAAUGAUCUUGAAAGAACUUCAGAGCAAUCUCAAUUCUGCCUUAGAUGAUCUAGCCAUACAAUUUGCAAACAGUUUGGAGCCAAGAAUAACUGUUUGUGUCCGAGAGUUGGGUGAUCUACUUUUAUCGGUCAAAGGCGGUGGCCAAGUAACGUUGAAUCAGCCAUCACAACGGAACGCUGUAGCAGCAGAAGCAGAUGAAGUAUUGAGGCCUUUGAUGGAUCUUCUUGAUGGUUCGUUAUCACUGUACGCUCAAUCUUGCGAGAAGACUGUCUUGAAAAGGCUGCUGAAAGAGCUUUGGAAGAUUGUGAUGCGAAUUCUGGAGAAACAAGUUGUUCUUCCACCGAUGACUGAUAAGAGUAUGAUACUCAAAAAUUUGACUGAUAACGCUAAAAACUUGGCUGCCAACGCAAAGAUAGAGGAUAUGUCACGACUGAUCAAAAACCACAUGGCAGGCAAACAAGACGUGAAAAACGCGCUUAGUGGCGUCAUGGAGAUCGAGAAGAACCUCUCGCCGAAACAGUGCGCAGUUCUGGACGUGGCUUUGGACACGAUAAAGCAGUACUUCCACGCCGGAGGCAACGGGUUGAAGAAAACUUUCCUCGAGAAGAGCGCCGAAUUGCAGUCGCUCCGCUACGCCUUAUCCCUGUACACGCAGACAACAGACACGCUCAUCAAAACAUUCGUCCAAUCCCAAACCAACACCGUUCAAUUGAACAAGAGUAAAUUGAGGCAACGAUCUAUUUCGAACGAGAAAGAGGACGAUGCGUUAGAAGGAUUAGAGGAGCCGCUUCGGGCUAAAAAGCGGAGAGAGUCCACUCAACAAGAAGGGUUGCCAUCUGAGGAGGACAGCGUUGGCGAAGUAUCGAUCCAAGUUGACCUGUUCACUCAUCCCGGCACUGGAGAGCAUCGUGUUACCGUUAAAGUGGUCGCUGCGAAUGAUUUGAAAUGGUCGAUAGCCUCGGGAAUGUUCCGGCCCUUCGUCGAAGUGAACCUGAUCGGACCUCACUUGGCCGACAAGAAGCGAAAGCAAGCCACCAAAUCCAAGUCCAACAACUGGUCACCCAACUUCAACGAGACCUUCCACUUCAACAUCGGUCAUGAAGAGCAGGUGGACAGUUAUGAACUUCAAAUUUGUGCCAAAGACUAUUGCUUCGCGCGCGAUGACAGACUGAUAGGAGUUGCCGUGAUUCAGUUGAAAAAUAUCGUGGAUCAGGGUUCUUGUGCCUGCUGGGUGCCUUUAGGAAAACGUAUUCAAAUGGACGAGACAGGCUGGACCAUUCUCCGCAUCCUGUCACAGCGAUCCAACGACGAGGUCGCCAAAGAAUUUGUUAAACUUAAGUCAGAUAUUCGUCAAGAGAAUCCACUUCCCGUCCAAUAGGACGAAAAGGAAUAAUCUGAAGGCUGCCAAUUUUUAACCAAAAAACAAGCACACUCGCGCGAUUUAAUGAGGAAAAAUUCACUUUUAAUGUCACUUGGAACCCUGAAGUCCCAAGUUAUUUAAUCCUCCAUCCGAAAAUUGCUUCUUUCUCAAUCAAAAAAUGCGAAGAAAAACGGAUUUGACUUUUUGAGAUGAGCAGCGAGCUGAUUACUGAAAUUGACAGACAAAUCUCUCGACAAAGAGGACAUAGAGAGUGUGGAGCAAUCCUAUUGGUCGAAAUGGGUGGUUCCUAUAGACUAAGGGAGAAAAUUAUGGACUAACUAUAGGGCCUCUCGUGGGCUGCCUGUAGUCAGUCUCUUCCUUUUUUGUCCAUUGCAACCAUCCACUUCCACCAAUAGGAUGCCUUCAUAUCCCUUUUGUCUUUUUUGUCUAUAGCUUUGUCUAUCCAAUUUCAAUGCUCGGCGCACUGGGCUAAUUAUUUGGAGGAAUAAAUAGUUAAAAAUUGGCAUCCUCAAUCUCCGCUUGUGAUCCCUUCCAAUCCAAAGUUUCGCCCUCUUUUUCCUGCGCCAGAGGGUCAAAUUUGGUGUAAAAUAAAAAUGCGUAUCAAUCCAAAAUAUUUGCAUUUACAUUACUCCAUUAUUAAACCCAUAGUGUUGUUUUCCCUCUACCUUUUUACCUUUCUCCUUUUUCGUCUGUCGGUUUUUGUAAUAUUUUUGCUAACUUUGUACAUUCAUCACUGCUUUGAGAGUCUUUUUUACCCAAUCUUACCUUUUGAUAUUCAAGUUGCUGAAUGUGACACCUCAGCAGCCUAGAAGAUUUGCCUCAGAAACGCUUCAUUUAAUGAGACCAAACGAAUGACUUAUGAGGUUGGCAUUCGGAAACCGCCCAAUACGAAAGCAUAAAAGUGCCAUUAAUGUAAAAUGACUAGUUGAAUUGUAAAUUUUUCAGCGUAAAAAUUGUUAUGUCUAUGUGAAUCGUUGCGGUUGAAGCAAUGUCCUAACUAAUCAUAAUUUGACUUUUUGCUGUUACCUUUUCAAAGUUACCAUAUUCUGACUUUCUUUCUCUGCGUUCUGAAAAGAAAUUUUAUAUAUCUUUCUGACUUAAAGCAACCUAGAGAAAGUUUUCACAGUAAAGAAAGUUUGUUGUUGUUGUUGUUGUUUUGUUUCUUGUUCCGUGCCUGUACCUAUCUUCUAAAAUGGCACAAAAACUAUGCGUUUUUAUUAGGUUCUCGACAUUUCAAAAUAUUAUCUAUAAGUCUACUUCAGAUGGAGCCUCAGUUAUUGGCUCAAUGCAUGAGUAAUACUUUUGAUUUGUUUCAAUAAUUUUCUGUUCUUACUCUUUCCCUGAAUUGUUACCGGGAGCCCGGGUAUCGUAAAUCAUUAUCAUUACUUUGUUCAUAUUUUUUGUUGAACAGAAGUUUAAAUUAUGCUAAUUUGAAGUGUUUUCUGGCAGAGGCGCAAUAAUACAGACAGGAACCACUUUUUUAGAGAGAUACCCUAUGCCGCAAGAGACUUUACGUCCGCAAUGUUAGGGUAUAGUCGAAAAUGGUUAUGAAUAAAUAAUCCAUCGGGGAAAACACCUUAACUUUUAAUGUACAUGUUUGCUUGUCAUUAAGAUUCUUCUUGAUACAUGUUUCUGGGUGUCAUAAUGAAUCUCAUGUUAGAGGCACGCGUUGUAAGCAUGAUUCACGAAUCUUCAAAAUAUGAUGAAAAUCAUGCUUACCACCUUCAUGGAAAAAGGUGUACAAGUGGUAUUUUUUUCCUCUCUUAAAAUGAAUCCCGCUUUAUUUCUGCGACACGUGAUCUUAUCAUAUCAGACGUUGCCCUGUCUGUUUGAUUACAGUUUUGUAAAUGAUUGUAUCACUCAGUGUUUGUUUCGGUCGGGCUUGUUGAUAUCCCGGUUUAGCUGCCGGUUGGCCAUUUUUUAGUGCAUUUCUUUCAAGAAAAAACCGAUCGUAACGAACUGUAGCGUCAACCAAGCCCGCCCGAAACUUUAUUAUUGAUUUAUUUUUUUAAUCCUAGAUUACCUUAAGUUCUGUUGGAUAAAUGAUUUUUUUAUCGAACCAAUACAUAUCAAACUUGUUUCUUUGAUUCUUGCUCUGUUUGUCGAGUUGAUCGUUUUGUCUGUUUAUUUUGUUUGUUCGCGUAAUAAUCACUUAUCCGUUCGUUUAUUUUUUCGUUAUGAGCGAUAAUUUCCCGAAGAUGUAAUCAUGUGUGAGUCGGACAUUGUUUAAGUUCAUAUAUUAGAGGACGAAGUUUUUUGUCUAUCGACUGUGCAAGACAAGACUGAAACAGCAUGAGUUUUGUGAUUGGCCAGCUUAUGAGGGCGCCUUUUGAGUUGCUGAUAAAAUUCCACCCGAAAAAGACGUGACCAAGAGGAUGGCUUACAAAGUCGACCAAUCAUAUGACUCCAUGCCACCAUAGUCUCGUCCUGGCCUGUUCAGUUGACUGACUCAAAAACUCCUCUCAACUUUAAUCUAUCCUUUGUUCCACGACUCGAUUGUUUGGAUGGCGCUUAGUUAGACCCGACUAUUAUUUUUUUCAACUGAAAUUUUAUCCUCAUUGAAUCCCUCUGUUUUGUGAUUACAAUAAAGCUAAAAUUAGUGGUAGAAUACAAAGUAUAUGAACUUAGUCAUCAUCAAAAGAUGCAGGGAAAUUCAGAUUUAUGAUUUUUGACCAUCUUGUUUUCGCUUAUCGUAAGAGACUCUAACCACCCAAGGCUUAAUCCUUUCUUCAAAUUGUACCUGACCCGGUCCCUAAGUCUUGCAGUCAAGUGCCAAGCCAGACUCGUUUUCGUUUAACAUCGGUAUUUAAGAUAUAAUCUUUCAUUUGCACAAAAAUAUAAGUAGAGUAAUUUUAGAGUAAACAAAAAAUUCGAUCACCCUUUUUGGGACUGGAGCAGUCGCGAUUCUCGAAAGUUGGCGACAAUGUUUCUCUCCAUUUGAACGUAUGUAAAACAAUCGAUUCAUAGUGAGAUCAAAUCGAUUUUUAUGUAUAAUCGACUCAAAUGACGCGAAAUAGUGUUGCCAACUGCUGGAGCGCAUUAUCAGAAUCAUCGCUAACUGUGCGAAACUUUGCUAUCGACCCUGGGACCGAGUGGCAAUGUUUUGACAGUUUACAAAGUAAAAAAUUUACUUAAAUUGAAAAGUUGGAGAAUUUAGAUCAAAUCUCUAUUUAUGCGCACAAAAGAGAGUAUUAGACCGCAGUAGUCCUUCGUCUUUUCCUUCAAAAUCUCGUAAUUGAUAUUUUCCUUUUCUGACAAUGAUCAUUAGGUGUAAGACUUUCUUUCUCCAGUUUUGCGUGCCACAAUCCUGCUGUAUUACAAGAGCGCAAGAUGUGAGUCACCCUAAUUUGUGACGUAAUAAGAUGAAAAUAAUUUCGGAUUUUUACGAAAAAGCAGAAAUAAUAGUACUCCUAAUACAAGCAUGCAUGACUAUUUGCAAGUCCUAGAGGGGUCUCGAAUGAGGCUACUCGUAGAAAGCAACCCAAUAGACAGCCUGUUUUAGAAAUAUUUUUGACAACAUAUCGGUUAUUUUUUUCUCGAAGAUUUUUGUUUUUUGUUGCCUCUUGUGAGUAAUGAAGUAGGAAUAAGUGAAGUCAUCCCUCAUCAAUGAUUACGCUUUGUGACAUAUUUUCCAUCGCCUAGAGGUCUUAGAAUAGCAAUGCAGAUUUAUAAAUAUAGACAUUACUUAAUCUUAAAUCAACUUGAAGGCUCGAGCAAGUCUGUGAACUCAUUUGGGCUUUUUGAGACUGAUUCAAAUCACAAUUCUCUUUUCAUUCAAUUCGAAGGAAGUUGCAAUAGCACCUUGAGAGUUUGCUGAUCAGCUAGCACUGCAAAUGAAAAUUAAAAAACAAGCCAUUGUGGAGAUUAAUGAGUUGAGCAGAUUUAAAAUUUUAAACCGAAAUUCUCCCUUGUCCAAUGUUCCGUUCACUCGAGUUUUCAAUCUGAUAGUGUUCCCAAAAAUCUUACUUAAGUUAUCCAAAAGAAAGCUGUGAUUGUGAUUCUUAAAUGGUUUAUACAUUUGGACCAGACCAGAUCUCAAAGCAAAAUUUUCAGAGUGUUAAAGUGAAUUGAAUUCACGAAUCCGGGAAUGCCAAUGUGUUCCAAAAGCUAUUAAUAUUUAACGAGGAAUUCCUCUCGAUGUGGGCACGUUCCAAGGUUAGAGCCAUUAAAUUUUUUAUAUGCAUCCUUUGUAAAUAUGUAAUUACGUAUUUCCUAUGUUUUUGAUAAUUUGUAUAAAACUCAGAAGUAAAUAUUGUUAUGGUGUUUGAAAACGAGCAAGCAAAAAGACUUACAGAAAGUAUUAGUCUAAUAAAUGUUCGAGAAAACUACUGGAAUAAAAUAAAAUAAUCAAAUCCA